CAAUUACUCUUUCAAUUCACUUGAAAUGGCUGCUGCCUUGGACGUUCGCGCACUCCUCGACGUCUACCCCGAGGCUAAUCAUUUCACAUGCGUGGGAACAACAAAGAAAGGUCUUCGAUGCGGCAACUCUUUCAUCGAGCACGCUUAUCUAGAUGAAGCUAGUGAGAUCCUGGACGAGCUACCUGCUGUCAUAACAUCUCCCAGACGUUCCGCCGAACUUCUUCUUAAGCUUAGACGACUUGCCUAUCUUACCCUCUGUCCACUAUGGCAUCAAUCGAAACUUCCUCAAGUCGAACCUGUUGCUAACAGAUGGAGUGCUAUUAUACGGAGCGCUGGCACAUUGAUGAGACCACCAUAUGCUCCUCUUACCCCUCCAGCGACGCCUAUGCUCAUCACGAGGCAACUCACCAAUUAUUCAAGAACGAAUUUCCCGGCAUCCACAGUUCUAACACCUGCAAGGUCCCCUCUUCCUGUCACUAGACAAGGUUCUGGACACUCAACAGCUUAUCCUUCACCGCCGCCAACGCCUCCUCGAUUCGAGCAAGCCAUGGCUCCUCGCAAUACCACAUCCUCUAGCAAUCAUCAAACAAGGACGCACACAUCAAGAGCAGGAAGGAAUGUUAACAUUAGCUUUAACAUCAAUGUAGACUCGAACCAAAAUAUCGUAGAACAUGGAAGGCAUACACACGGCAAUACUCCUCCUUCACCCACAGCCUCGACGGUCAGCAGCAGAUCAAGCCGAGCAUCCAAUUCUCGAUCCAGUUCUUCGUCCUCUUCAGACGAUCAUCGGUCUAUAGAUGCUUCCCAAGCACAAGCACACGCCCACAGGCCACGAGCCUCAAGAUCUUCCAAUCGUUCCCUCAAUCCAAGCUCGCCUGCUCCAAGUACGAUCUCCAAUCUCUCAUCUCCAAGAAGUCUUGUCCGAUCCCGUUCUUCCGGCUCAGGAGAAUCUUCUCUGCCAGCAUCCGACGACCUUGACGACUCUGACUUCCAGCCCAACUCCUCCGACAGCGACUCCGACUCUGACUUUAGACCUGGUGGAGCUACUGCACAUGUCCGCACUCCCGCCUCCUCCAGCCGAUCUUCCGCCAUCACUUCCCCCAGAUCAGCCUCCCAAGCCCGCUCGGGAGCUCCUAGUCCUUCCAGCGCCGCUUCAGCAGCUUCCGUAUCAGUAAGGAGAAGACCGAUAACAGCCGAUACUUUUUGUUAUGUAUGCUAUGACCCCAUUGUCAGGGAUGCGGAUGCAGCAUGGUGUCAUGGCUCUUGUGGACAGAAUGUCUGCUUGGUUUGCUAUGCGACUUGGAUCAUGACGCAGACUACUGCUGGAGAACAGAUUACUUGUGGAUUUUGUCGUGCGCCUUGGGUGUUUUGAUAUCCUGUCCUGACUUCGAGAAAUGUUUUCAUUGUCCAUUCUGUUCGAUAUCUUGCAGCAUACGAUCCCUACCUCUUGCUUACUGCGGAUACUUUUGCAUUGUUGUUCUUUUUCUUUUUCUCGUCUUGGAGGUUUGAUUUUGGUUUCCUUUGGUACCUUCACUUACUUGUGUUUCGGGAAGAAAGGCUUGUCAUCUUAUUUGAUAGAGAGUUCUUGCGUGGAUUUUAAGAUCGAUUAGCCAUUUCUCAAAUUCAAAGCUUC